AUGGCGGAUGAACUCCCGUUAUGGUUCCCACCCAUGAGUAGCGACGAUUCAUCCGAUAGUAGCAUUCUUUUUUUUCAAAAUCUCAUCGAAGAAGCCGAACUUCAAGAUACCGGCACGUCUAACCAAAGAAGAUAUAUUGAACGUCAACGUGAGGAGGGGCAUGAGACACUCAUGGCGGAUUAUUUUGUCAAAGACCCGAAGUACAACGAAGAUAUCUUUCGGCAUAGGUUCCGUAUGUCGAAACGUUUGUUUCUAAAAAUUGUGUCCGAUGUGGAAGAGAACGACCCCUGGUUUGUAGAGGCCCCCGAUGCGCGAGGUAGGAAGGGCUUUACGCCCUUGCAAAAGGUGACAUCGGCUAUUAAACAGCUCGCAACUUGA